GUUUUAGAGUUGAGUUCCUCUCAGAGAAAUUUUUUUCCUCCGAAGCUUCAGAGAGAUUUCAAACGUCGGCAACAAUGGCGAGCACGAAAGUACAACGCAUCAUGACCCAACCGAUCAACUUGAUUUUUAGGUUUCUUCAAAGUAAAGCUAGGAUCCAGAUUUGGCUAUUUGAGCAGAAAGAUCUGAGGAUUGAAGGAAGAAUUACUGGUUUUGACGAAUACAUGAAUCUAGUGUUAGAUGAAGCUGAAGAAGUGAGCAUCAAGAAGAACACAAGGAAACCACUUGGAAGGAUUCUACUAAAAGGAGACAACAUAACUCUGAUGAUGAACACGGGAAAGUGAUGUCUGUCUCAACAAACAAACUCUGUGGUGGAUUUGUAGAUCCGAUAUUAAAAUUAACCUUUUGGUUUGAUGUAAUGUUGAGUUUUCAUUACUUAAGAGGAUAAAGGUUGAAUUGUUUCAUAGUUCAUUAAGAUGAUUGAUUUUUGCUGCAACU